AUGGCCGACGUACAGAAGCCCGUUGCCGUACCCGACACCGCUCCGGCGGUCGCUGACCCCAUCGUCGACGCCAAGCCUGUUGACGAGACCCCCUCCGAGCUCCCAGUUGCCGAGCCCAGCACUGCUACUGAGACUCCCGCCGAGACAAAGACUGAGGAGACUGCCGCUCCCGUUGAGGAGGCCAAGAAGGAGGAAGUCAAGCCUAUCGAGGCUGGCACCCUCGAGCACAAGGGUGCCCCUGCCAACUUCCCCAAGAACUUCAUGUACCAGAAGAACUACUUCUGGUUCGGUACCGACGCUCUUGAGAAGGAGAAGCUCGCCACCUACCUGAAGAACGAGAAGGCCACCGAUGUCGGUCACCACGUCGCCUCAUGGGCCACUGAGACCGGAAAGGGUCUGUUGUUCUACGGAAAGGAAGCCGACAAGGCCACCCCGGCCGGUGCCAUCCAACUGUCUGAGGCUUCAGAGCCCACCGUCGACGGUGCCAACAAGUUCCACUUCACCUCCAAGGGCCACAAGCACACCUUCAAGGCAUCAAGCACUGCCGAGCGUGACAACUGGGUUGAGCAAUUGAAGCUGAAGAUCACCGAGGCCAAGGAUCUCGCCCCCACCGUUACAGAAUCCGCGACCUACAAGCACACUCUCGACAGCUUCAAGCCCGCUGCUGCCGCCAAGAAGGAGGAGACACCCGCCGUGGCCGCUGCCGCUUCUACCGAGGAGACUCCCAAGGAGGAAGCCAAGGAAGAAAAGAAGGAGGCCAAGGAAGAGAAGAAGGAAGAGAAGAUGGAAGCCAAGGAGGAGAAGAAGGAAGCCAAAGAGGAGAAGAAGGAAGAAAAGAAGGAGGCCAAGGAGGAGAAGAAGGAUGAGAGCAAGCGCCGAUCCGCUAGCCGCAAGCGCACUUCCAUCUUUGGCACCCUGCUCAACAAGAAGGACGAGUCCAAGAAGGAGACACCUGCUGCUGAUGACAAGGCUGUCGAGGCUUCUCCUGUCGCUUUGCCCGCCGAGGUCGAGCCCGUCGCUGAUGAGACUACUCAGGCCCCUGUCACCGAGGCUACACCAGUCGAGGAGCCCAAGAAGGAGGAGGCUGCCACCGCCACCAAGCCCAAGCGUCAGAGCCUCUUUGGUAACCUGUCCUUCGGCAAGAAGCCCAAGGCCGAGACUGACUCUGCCCCUGCCACCCCUGCCAAGGACACCACUGCUAUUGCUCCUCUUGAUGAGCCUGUUGCCGAGACUGCUCCCGUCAUCCCCGCCGUCGAGACCACUGAGCCUCUGUCUGCCGAGGUUGCCUCCCCAGCGACUGUCCCUACCGAGACCACCGACAUCACUCCCGCCACCAACGGCGAGACCAAGAAGGAAGUGAAGAGCGAGAAGCGCAAGUCGUCUCUGCCUUUCGCCUUCGGCAAGAAGGAGAAGUCGGCCACCUCGGAUGAGGAGGGUGAGAAGACCAAGUCUCCUCCCUUCUUCUCCAAGUUUCGCCAGACCAUCAACCGUGGCAACAAAGACAAGACCACCGACAAGUCCGCUGAGGAGGCCAUCGCGGAGGACAAGCCCGCCGAGGCCACUGACGCUACCGCCGAGACCAAGGCUGAGGAGCCCGUCACUGCUCCCGUUGUCGACGAGACCCCUGUCGAGCAGCCCGCUGCUGCCGGUCCUGCGCCUGUCACUGCUGCCGCAUAG